AUGGCUUCAAAGGUUUUAAAUUAUCUGAUUACCGGCACAUCACGCGGACUUGGACUUGAAAUGGUUAAGCAACUGUCUGACAAAGGACAUUUGGUGGUUGCUUGUGCGCGCAAGCCUGAUGAUUCCGAAGCACUUCAGGAACUAGUCGAUAACAAAUCUGUGUAUGCUAUUCAAAUGGACAUUGUUAGUCCAUCGUCUGUCAAGGCUGCGAUUGAAAACAUCGGGAAGAUUGUACCACAAGGUAUCGAUGUACUGAUCAACAAUGCCGGAAAUCAUGGAAUAAAGGGAUUCCCACCAGAAGAUUUCAUGUACGUGUUUGAAACAAAUGUGGUUGGAACUAGCAAUGUGACGCAGGCAGCGCUGCCGUUAUUGAAGAGGCGUUCGACUCGGCAGAUUGUUAAUGUCACAUCUGCGCUUGGGUCGCUGUCUCUUGCCACGACAGGCACGGUUGUUUCGUACCGUGUAGCCAAGGCAGCCGAGAAUAUGUUGACGAGGACAUGGGCCGCACAUCUAAAGAAAGAAGAUUUUACGGUUGUGAGCCUGCAUCCUGGUUGGGCAAGGACAGAUCUCGGCGGUCCAAAUGCACCAUUAUCUGCUGAGCAGGCUAUUAAUGGAGUACUGACCUGUCUAGAAAAACUAGAACCAAAAAACAAUGGGGUAUUCUUGGAUUAUAGGGACAAGAAUGUCCAGUGGUAA